UUGACGAUGUCAUCGCAACCAACUGAGCUAUGAGUAGUCCAUUCAUGCCUUCCUCUGACAGAGAGAAAGGGUGGGGUCCUGCUUCCGACUUUCAAGACUUGAGGGAGGAAUCUUAACCGGGCCGGGGGGAUUUAACCAGGCACGCGGUUAUUGACGAGUUCCGGAAAACGGGGACUUUCAACUCGUCCAGGAACUACGUAGGCUUCUUAAGCAGGCGGCCUAUAUAUAUUAUUGAUUUAGUGUGUUUUUGGGCGCGAGGAUUAGCUCUUCCUUCCGUCUGUCCCUGUUUGUUGGGCAGGGGUUUUAAGUUUUAACCGGGGAGGUGAUUUUUUAACAUUUUGCUGGAAACGUACUGCGAAUUUGUGAGACAGGACAAGAGCAUGCCAGAAAAGGACAAGUGAGGGGAUAUCGCUCGCUAGCACAAACUACCCAAGAUGGUUGUUCGAGUUCACUAUGGUUUUACGAGAUGAACCUGGUCAUGUUAUGGUAAAUCAAAGCAUCUUUCGGAGUUGCGCAACCCCCAGUUAUGUAUAGCGACAAUCGUACGCCGACGUGCCUCUUACUGUGCGGUGGCAUUUCAACUUGUCUAGGUACUAAUUAGGCCUCUAUUGUGAGUAUAUAUAUAAAAAAAAAGGUGUCUAUUGUGAGUGUGUUCGAUGGGGGAGAUAAUAGUUGCUUCCUUCCGUCUGCAGUGUAUCUAGGAGUGGACAUCACGCCAGGUAUUGUAAUAAUGGCGGACAAGCUUUCGGGCAAUGCAGUCGACAGGGCCACCAUGGGUGGUGGCACGACAGAGAGAGAGUGCGGACUUCAGCUGCUACCUAAGCUGCGGAGGGACAGGGAUGUCGUUCGAUACAAGGAUUCAUACACGGGAUCGUGCGGAUUGGAUUCUAACAAAUGUCGUGCUUGUCAAGAGGCGUUUCGGAAUCCACGUGCUUUUUCUUCUGAUGUUGAUUGUCACAGUUGUGAAGCUUCGUUUCUCGUUAGAUUCGACGUGCACCCUUUCAAACCAUGGAUUAUGUUUGUGGCCGGGACACAUCAGCUUCAGCUGUGGAACUAUGAAAAUGGGGGAAACUUCGAGUGCUGUGACAUCUCUAGUCACGCCAUCUACUCCGCCAAGUUUAUCGCAAAGAACCAAUGGAUUGCUAUGCACGAUCAUGACACCAUUUACAUACACGAGGUUUUCGACGACGUCAUAGACGGGGAGCCAUUCCAAGCAAUCAAGUCGCGAGGAAGUCCGGUCACAGAUAUGGCUGUGCACAGGAGGUUGCCGUACCUGUUGACGGGUUUUCGGACUAGGCACGUUGAGCUGUGGAAUUGGGACAGCGAGUGGAAAAGAACGGCCCUCAAAGGCCAUUCUGAGAUGGUCUACAUGGUCAAAUUUCAUCCAAAGGACAAGGAUACCUUUGCAAGUGCGUCAUCUGAUGGCGUGAUCAAAAUAUGGACUAUGACGAAAAUGCGAGAGAGCCAAACGAUUCAAGUUGGCAGCGCCCCUUCCACCAUGGAGCUGUGCCGCAGCCGGAAACGCCAGCAGUCGUCGCUUCUCAUCGUCGGUUUUCACGAGGGCCUCGUAGAGGUGUGGGACUACAGGACUGGAUUACGUCUCGCAUCCUGGGAUGGGCACAACCACAGCGUCCAAGCAGCGUUCUUGCAUCCGCAGUCGCCGUUCAUCUUUACUGCGUCGGAGGAUGGGGAGGUUAAAGCGUGGUCCGAAUCGGACUACACAGCAGUGACUUCGUACUCAAGCGGAGUAAAAAACUUGUGCUCCAUGGCUUACUGUAGGGAUUCCAAGGCGCUUAUUCUUGGAGGUGAAAGAUCAUUCGCCAUCGUGAAGGUGGUGGUCCCGGAGGUGGUCCCGAAGGGGACAGAGAGAGAGGAAGUACAGGAGCGGCAAACAGGUCCAACCAGGAACUGCGAGGCAAACGGCCAGGAACAAGUUGAAGCUCAGGCCCACAGCAUUGAUGGUGAUGACUCAGCGACCUCGGCGAAGACGGAGGAUUCGUCAGACGGGAUCGAUGGCGGUGUAUUCUUGUGGUAAUCACAACACCGCCGAGAUGUCUAUGUCCAACGAACCUUGGACAAGAAUGAUGAAAUGGGGGGACACCAAAGAAAGAGGAAGACAAAGAAGAAGAACAACAGCCCAGGAGGAGGGCUGAGGAACGAGAAGGGGUCAGUCAGGUCCCACUGCCUAAAAUGCAUCAUGGAAGCUGUCAGGCGAUGAGAACAGGUUUGUGAGGGAAUUUUGGGAGAGAGAGGUGUGGAAUGAGGGUUGAAGGAAAAGAACAGAAGCCGGGAGGGUUCACGGGAAACUCGAAGACAUCGGGCGGCGCUGACCGAAACACAUGAUGGUGGAACCUGCCGGUCGAUAGGAACAGGUCUCAGAGGGAGUGCGGGAAAGGGAGGUGUGGAAUUAGGGCCGAAGGAGGUGAUGAGCUUCAUGUUUGAUUCACAUAAGGAUUGAAAGUAAAGAAGAGAGGUGAUGAGCGAUGAUGAGGUGGGAGUAUGACAUCGUUGAAAACCUCUUCGUUGUGCUCUUUUUUUUUUUCUUUUUUUUUUUUGACUUCCUCUUUGUACUCUUUUUUGGAGGUACUGCAGGCAAAGAAAAAGGAAAUCAAUCCUGAGCUAUAUGAUGGUCUUUUCCUUUGACCAGCUCUUGCUGCAUGAAAUGGCGCAGUUGCUCCUGAGACGGGCGCAAGUCAUAGCUCUCUUCCCAUCGUCCACUGUAUCUCCAACCUUUCAGGUGCUAAUCAUCAUCACCACCAUCAUCAUAAUCAUUGCCAUCAUCAUCAUCAUCAUCAUCAUCAUCAUCAUCAUCAUCGUCAUCAUCGUCGCCAAUCAUCAUCAUCAUCAUCAUCGUCAUCAUCGUCAUCGUCAUCGUCAUCAUCAUCAUCAUCAUCAUCAUCAUCAUCGUCAUCGCCACCAUCGUCAUCAUCAUCAUCAUCAGCAGCAGCAGCAGCAGCAGCAGGAGCAUUUAGCAGGGACCUGAGGGGAUGAGAGAGCAGUGGUUAGGAGGUGCAGGGAUGGAGACGAAGUAAGAAGAAAUCUGAAGAAUGAAUUAGGAUCAUCAGU